AUAAUGAACUUUAAAUAAAAACAUUAACGAACACGUUUCGAAAAAUACUGUCAAUUCUCAGAACUAUGAUUAAUUUGAGAUAUUUGCACAUUAUAUACUAAAAAAUAUGAAAUCUGUAUAUCUGUAAAUAAGAAUAGUUAUUAUUGCUAAAUGCCAAAAUAUAUUAAAUAGAUAAAAACAUCCUGGGUUUGAAGAUUAUAGUAAUGAUGUCGUGGUCGUGUAAUGAACUUUAUAAAAAAACCGGUUAUUAUUGUUAAAUAUAUUAAAUAGGUAAAAAACUCUAGGUUUAAAGAUUAUAUAGUGACGAGGUCGUAGUCGUAUAAUGAACUUUAAAUAAAAACAUUGACCAACACGUUUCGAAAAUACUGUCAAUUCUCAGAACUAUUAUUAAUUUGAAAUAUUUGUACAUUAUAUACUAAAAAAAAAAAAAUGAAAUCUGUAUAUCUGCAAAUAAGAACCUGUUAUUAUUGUUAAAUGUCAAAAUAUAGUAAAUAGGUAAAAAAACCCUGGGUUUAAAGAUUAUAUAGUGGCGAGGUCGUAGUCGUAUAAUGAACUUUAAAUAAAAACAGUCGAACACGUUUCGAAAAUACUGGCAAUUCUCAGAACUAUUAUUAAUUUGAGUUAUUUACAUAUUAUAUAUUAAACUAUGAAAUCUGCUUAUCUGUAAAUAAGAAAAGGUUAUUAUUGAUUAAUGUAUUAAAUAGGUAAAAAAAAAAAGAAAUCUGGUUUUGAAGAAUGUAAUAACGAGGGUGAGGUCGUAUAAUGAACUCAGACUACUUGUGACCGGGGAGAGAACACAUAUAUAAGGAAGCCUUUUGAUAUAACUUUUUCAGUCUACUUCAACGAGUCUACAGCGAGUCCAUGUUUUUAUACAAAUAGUUUUCUAUUUUUUUAUUAAAUUAAAAUACUUUUCUAAGUACUUCUAAGUACUUCUCAUUCUAAAUAAUGUCGGUCAAUUCAUUUAGGAGUGAUGAUGAAGAAUCCUUUGCUGUAAGCGAUGUGGAUAUGAUAGAAGCGCAAGAUAGAAAAACUGGAACAAAACCGGGUGGUCAAAAGAGGGUAUGUGAGAAAAAAAAUAAUGGAAAAAAAUCGAAAAAAAAUGUUUCUUAUCGAGAUAAAAUUGGGAAAAUGAUGAAAGAUCACAAAAUUGCACUCGAAGUCAGAAAUUCAAUGAGCAUUCGGCAAGACGAUGGGAUUUUAAUUGUAAAGGCACCUGCUGACGAAAAAUCGACUGACUAUUGGACGUUGUCGCAUUAUAAAACAAAAAACAUUGAGCAUGUUGAUUCUAAGGACAGAUGGAAACAUGCUGAGUGUUCGAUGAAACUUUCAAUAACCGAUCAGGCAAAGGACCAAGCCAUAUCGAGUGAACUAAAUGAAUUGGUUCAAACACUUUUCGACCGAUUUAUGAAGGAUUCAAAGAAAAAAAUUACACGUAUUUGAUAUGUAAUAAACUAUGUUUAUAAUAGUGGUGGAAAUCAUUUAAUAAAUAAUAAAACUUUAAUUACAAUA